AUGGCACAAGCCGCCAAACAUCUCCGCAAGAACAAGGAUUUAGAAGCCCAGCUAGAGCAGGAGCGCAAAGAGAAGGAGGAGGAGAGGAACAAAAAGAGAAGUCGCUCGCGGGAUAAAAAGCGCAAGGCCCACGCCGUGCAUCGCUGGCUAAUCGAUCAGGACAGUAGUGUGAGCUCUGAGAUGCCGGAUGGCCAAGGAGUAUGGCACUUUGAUGAUGAAGCAGAUGCUGGCAACAGUUUUCUCCGAGCGGCCCGUUCUGGCAACCUGGACAAGGCCCUGGACCAUAUCAAAAACGGCAUUGAUAUAAACACAGCCAAUCAGAAUGGGCUCAACGGGCUGCAUCUGGCCUCGAAAGAAGGCCACGUUAAAAUGGUGCUGGAGCUACUCCACAAUGGGAUCGUGCUGGAGACCACCACAAAGAAAGGGAACACGGCCCUGCACAUUGCAGCCCUGGCGGGGCAGGAGCAGGUGGUCACAGAGCUGGUUAACUACGGGGCCAAUGUCAACGCUCAGUCACAGAAGGGUUUUACUCCACUCUACAUGGCUGCACAAGAAAACCAUCUAGAGGUUGUGAAGUUUCUUCUGGAGAACGGAGCCAAUCAGAGCAUUCCAACUGAGGAUGGAUUCACUCCUCUCGCCGUGGCUCUUCAGCAGGGACAUGAGAAUGUCGUAGCCCUGCUCAUCAACUACGGCACCAAAGGAAAGGUCCGCCUCCCUGCGCUGCACAUUGCAGCACGCAACGACGAUACUCGCACAGCCGCAGUGCUCCUGCAGAAUGACCCCAAUCCUGAUGUACUCAGCAAGACUGGAUUCACGCCCCUCCACAUUGCUGCACACUAUGAAAACUUGAACGUAGCUCAGCUGCUGCUCAAUAGAGGAGCCAAUGUCAACUUCACCCCAAAGAACGGCAUCACUCCUCUGCACAUUGCAGCCCGGCGGGGGAAUGUGAUCAUGGUCCGACUCCUGCUCGACAGAGGGGCUCAGAUUGAUGCCAAGACCAAGGACGAGCUGACUCCUCUGCACUGUGCAUCCAGGAACGGUCACGUGAGGAUUAUAGAGAUCCUGCUGGACCACGGAGCCCCCAUACAAGCAAAGACCAAGAAUGGUCUGUCUCCAAUCCACAUGGCAGCACAGGGGGACCACAUGGACUGCAUCAAGCAGCUCCUGCAGUACAACGCAGAGAUUGAUGAUAUCACACUGGACCACCUCACCCCUCUGCACGUGGCGGCACACUGCGGCCACCACCGCAUGGCCAAAGUACUGUUGGACAAAGGGGCCAAACCCAACUCUCGGGCAUUGAAUGGCUUUACUCCUUUGCAUAUUGCUUGUAAAAAGAACCACAUGCGUGUGAUGGAUCUCCUGCUCAAACAAUCUGCAUCAAUAGAGGCUGUGACGGAGUCUGGCCUGACACCCUUGCAUGUGGCAUCCUUUAUGGGUCACCUCAAUGUUGUGAAGAUCCUGCUGCAGAAAGGAGCUUCCCCUAAUGCCUCCAACGUGAAAGUGGAGACUCCUCUUCAUAUGGCAUCUCGGGCAGGACACCAUGAGGUGGCAGAGUUUUUACUGGAGAACUCGGCACCAGUGGACGCCAAGGCCAAGGAUGACCAAACCCCUCUGCAUUGUUCCUCUCGAAUGGGCCACAAGGAGAUAGUGAAGCUGCUGCUGGAGCACAAAGCCAACCCCAACUCCACCACCACAGCAGGCCACACACCCCUACACAUCGCGGCGCGGGAAGGUCACGUACAAACCGUACGCAUCCUGCUGGACAUGGAGGCUCAGCAGACCAAGAUGACCAAGAAAGGCUUCACUCCACUCCAUGUGGCGUCCAAAUACGGCAAGGUGGAUGUAGCAGAGCUGUUGUUGGAAAGAGGAGCCAACCCUAAUGCUGCUGGGAAGAAUGGACUGACUCCGCUGCAUGUUGCCGUUCAUCACAACAACCUGGAUGUUGUCAACUUGCUUGUCAGCAAAGGAGGGUCCCCUCAUAGUGCAGCCAGGAAUGGCUACACUGCCCUCCACAUAGCAUCAAAGCAGAACCAGGUGGAGGUGGCAAACAGCCUGCUGCAGUACGGAGCUUCGGCCAAUGCCGAGUCCCUGCAGGGAGUCACACCUCUCCACCUGGCCUCGCAGGAAGGCCGGCCAGACAUGGUCUCACUGCUCAUCUCCAAACAGGCCAACGUCAACCUCGGAAACAAGAGCGGAUUAACCCCGCUCCAUCUGGUGGCACAGGAAGGACAUGUUGGCAUUGCAGAUAUUUUGGUGAAACAGGGGGCUUCAGUCUACGCAGCCACGCGGAUGGGCUACACCCCUCUCCAUGUAGCGUGUCACUAUGGCAACAUCAAGAUGGUGAAGUUCCUCCUGCAGCAACAAGCCAACGUCAACAGCAAAACAAGGCUGAAUUACACUCCUCUGCACCAGGCGGCGCAGCAGGGACACACAGACAUUGUGACGCUGCUGCUGAAGCACGGCGCUCAGCCCAACGAGACCACAACCAAUGGGACGUCAGCGCUGUCCAUCGCUAAGAGGUUGGGGUACAUCUCUGUCAUCGAUGUCCUAAAGCUCGUCACAGAGGAGACGGUUUCCAUGACGACCACAGAGAAACAUCGCAUGAGUUUCCCAGAAACGGUGGACGAGAUACUGGACGUGUCAGAGGAUGAAGGAGUUGCACAGCUAACAUUAGGAGAGGAGCUCUUGGGGACCGAAGGGGCCAGGUACAUGAAGAUGGAUGACAUGAAAGACCAUGAUGACGAUUUCCUCUCUCCAAAGAAAUCACUGGAGAAUUACUCACCAGCCAUUCCCAGGAUCCCCCGGGUCUCUCCGGAGACCGUUAUCCUGAAAGAACACGAGAUUGAUCUGCAACACACUCCACUUCCACUGCCCAAAGAAUACGACGAUGACUCCCUGAUUCCCAGCAGCCCAGCGACUGAGACGUCAGACAAUGUCAGCCCAGUCGCUAGUCCCAUACACACAGGUUUCCUGGUCAGUUUUAUGGUAGAUGCUCGGGGCGGCUCAAUGCGAGGCAGCAGGCAUAACGGUCUGCGUGUCAUCAUACCUCCGCGGACCUGUGCGGCACCGACCCGCAUCACCUGCCGCCUGGUGAAGCCGCAGAAGCUGACCAGCCCCCCUCCGCUGGUGGAGGGAGAGGGGCUGGCCAGCAGGAUCAUCUCCCUAGGGCCCGCCGGGAUGCAGUUCCUGGGACCGGUGAUAGUGGAGAUCCCCCACUUUGCCGCUCUGGGACGGGGUGACCGGGAGCUUGUGGUGCUGAGGAGCGAGAACGGUAACGUCUGGAAAGAACAUCGCAAUCGGUAUGGCGACGAGGUGCUAGAAACAAUCCUCAAUGGGAUGGAUGAGGAACUAGAAAGUCAGGAGGAGCUCGGGAAGAAGCGGAUCCGUCGCAUCAUCUCCACAGACUUCCCGCUGUACUUUGCUGUGGUGUCACGAGUCCAGCAAGAGAGCGACCUGAUUGGACCAGAAGGAGGUCAGCUGACAAGUAAACUGGUGCCAUUGGUGCAGGCCACGUUUCCUGAGACGGCAGUCACCAAACGAGUGCGCCUGGGGCUGCAGGCUCAGCCAGUUCCAGAUGAGCUGGUUGCUAAGCUGCUGGGUAACCAGGCAAACUUUAGCCCCGUGGUUACUGUGGAGCCUAGGCGGCGCAAGUUUCACCGACCCAUCGGCCUACGUAUGCCCCUGCCCCCGUCAUGGAGGGACAGCCCACGAGACUCUGGGGAGGGCGACACCACCAGCUUGCGUCUACUUUGCUCCGUCAUAGGUGGCACAGCCCCAGCCCAAUGGGAAGACAUUACUGGCACCACCAAGCUCAUGUAUGCUAAAGACUCUGCCAGCUUCACAACAAAUGUUUCAGCACGGUUCUGGCUCGCCGACUGUCCUCGGACAGCUGAGGCCGUCUCCUUCGCCAACCUGCUCUACAGGGAGCUGUCCGCUGUACCCUACAUGGCCAAGUUUGUGGUGUUUGCAAAGAUGAAUGAGCUGCGUGAAGGCCGCCUGCGCUGCUACUGCAUGACCGAUGAUAAGAUGGAUAAAACCCUGGAACAACAUGAGAACUUCACAGAGGUGGCUCGCAGCAGAGACAUAGAGGUGAUGGAGGGAAUGCCGCUUCACCUUGAGUGUUCAGGUAACCUGCUGCCGGUGAGGAAGGCCACCCAGCAGCCGCGCUGCUUCAGCUUCCAGGCUUUCAGAGAUAACCGACUACCUGUCUCUGUUAAGCUGAGAGACAGCAGUAAAGAGCACACUGCAUUCCUGUCUUUCCUGCGCAAGUCCACCAAGUAUGAGGACAGCCAACAUGUGCUCUGUAACCUCAACAUCACCAUGCCUCCAUGUAUCAAAAUUAUUGGGAGCGAAGACCGGAGGCGAACUCUGACCCCGCUGGCUUUGAGAGAAAGAUACAGCGCCCUAAAUGAACCUGCUAUGGCAUCUAUGAGCGCCAUGGAGAGGACGGAGCUGAAGAUGGCUGUUAUUGCAGAACAGCUGGGAUUGAGCUGGGCUGAGUUGGCGCGAGAGCUUCAGCUCAGUGUGGAUGACAUCAAUAAGAUCCGUGUGGAGAACCCUAACUCGCUGCUGGAGCAGAGCUCUGCGUUGCUCAACUUGUGGGCCACUCGCGAGGGCAAAAGAGCCAAGAUGGAGAGCUUGUAUGCAGCUCUGAAGAGUAUUGACCGUAUGGACAUAGUGAACAUGUUGGAGGGCCAGCCACCUCAGCCUGUGAGACAAUCCCGGGACCUCAGCCGACGUCGACACGAUAUAGACAACCUCUCCCCUGGUAUGACCAAUGGUUAUGGGCUCGCGCAGGAAGAGCUUCUCUCACCGGCCUCCAUGCAGUACAGCCUGCCCUCCCCGCUGGGCGCUGAGCCUUACUGGCAGGAAGUCUCCAGUCUGGACUGUGCACCUAUUGCCACCACAGAAGAAGACACCCUCAUGGAGAUGUCUGAUGUGCAGGUGUGGCCCUCAGGCAACAGCCCGUCCCUGGUGCCUGUGGAGGAUUCCUCGCUGGAGUGCAGCAAUGCUGACGAUUCAGAAGGUCUCCUGGGGCUGCCGUACGGAAGUCUGGGUCGGCCGGCCAGUCAGGCCAGUGCAGCCAGCGGAGGGGGUGGGGUGCUGAGUGGAUCCAUUGAGCUGCCCGAAGACGAUUCAGAGAUGGGCGUUGACUCGCUCAGCACUGCAACACCAGCCUCACUUGGGGGCACCAUCGCCGGGAUCAAUCUUAACGGGCUGAACAAUUGUCAGGGGUCAGAGGCAAGUUUGGAGGUAUCAGCAGUCACAGGUACAGCUGGCGGAGAUGGAGCUGGAAGAGGAGGAGGAGGAAGAGGAGGAGGAGGGACGGGCUCAGAGGAAGGGCUUUCUCUUGUUGCAGGACAGCAAAGGGUGUAUGCUCGGCUGAGUGAGUCACCUGGUCUGAGCUGUGUUGCAGACCGGAAUGGAGACAGGUCAGGUAAUGGUGGAAACGGAGGUGGUGGAGGCUCUUUCCUUUCCUACCUGCAGGAACAGUCGGGCCCGGGGUGGAUCCCUGUCACUGACCCCACACAGGCCUGGGUGGGCACUCAACCUAAACCCAGGCAGGCCAUGGACGCCAUGAUAUCAUCAGUAUGUAACGCUGUGGAUGGGGACCCGUCCCACGUGUCCCAGGAGGCCUUACUCCAGCCGGUGAGGGACAUGGGUCACUCAGAGAUCUUACGAGGGCACUUCAGAGGUACCCAGCCUUUUGAGAAGGGUUUGGGCUUCCCGCACAGGGUACCAGAGCUGAGGGCCUGGGAUGAUGUACGCCUAAAGGGCCAGGGCGAUGUUGAAGACCUUGAUGGGGAACAUGUAAGCGAGGAACAGUUCACAGAUGAACACGGAAACAUUGUCACAAAAAAGAUUGUGCGUAAGGUUGUGCGCAGAGGGAAGGGUUCAGUUGAGGAGGGGGUUCAGGAGGUGAGCAUGGAUGGUUCUCUGCAGGACGACAACGAGCUGGAGCUUGAUGCAGAGCAGUUCAUGAGCUACGCCAUCCUGGGCCGGGACAGCAGCAAGCCCGAUUCUGUGGAUAUGAAGAAAGGUGCUCAGAUAGUGAAAUGUGCCAGUCUGCGGAGAGUUAAGCAAUGAGGCAGACUGAGUGCUGCGUUCCUGCAGAGUUCUCCACAGGAUUCAACCCCUUCACCAAAACCAUCCUACAUGGACACAUGACCAGCAGCAGCUGACAGGAGGAAGAACACACACUAAAAGGCAAAACAGACAGAAAUGAACGGCAACGCCACAACCAUAGCGGCUUUGCCGACUAUCAGCACGCACUGGAAGAGAAGGAUACAGAAUUACUCGUAGUUUUUAUUACCUUUUUUUUUAAAGAAACCGUGGGGAAAAAAACAUCUACUACUAGGCUAGAAGCAUGAUUUCGUAUAAAACAAAAACUAAACACAAAAAAAAAACUAGCAACCAAAAUGUGCUUCCUGUUAUCUGUAUCAGCAUGAGUGACUGCUGCUGCAUGGCCUGUCUUUAACUACAAAUACUGAGGGAAUAUAAGGGUGGGGAGGGAUGGGGAGGACACACUGCUGUAUGGGACAGGCAUGCAAUGUAGGGUAUGGUCAAUAACUGGCCCGUUUUUUAAACAAACGGGUGAAAACUUCAUCAGUCAAACUUAAGAAAAGGGGAGACUAAAAUACUGAGAAUUACAUAAUCUCUAGGCAACAGGUUACUCCCCCUCCUCUCUGCCACACUCUUCCAGCUAACUAGUUUUAAACCUGUCCCAGUGCUCUCAAAGUCCAGUAAAGCUACAAUUAUCACCCACAGAUAUCAGUGUUGUACAUAGUAUCGUAUGCACUAAAAUGCUCUACGUGACUGUGUGUUACGUGUGUUGUUUAUGUUUUAAGAUCCUUAUGCGAUGCCACUGAUGCUGCUGUUUCAGGUACAUAAGAAAUUAUUCCCCGUUUUUCUCCUUUGGUUUGUUCCGUCUGAACCUAUAUAUUAUUCUAUAUAUCCUGAAAUCUUUGUGGGUACAAGAACAAGCAAAUGUCGUGUCACUAUGCCUGUUUUUAAACGUUGCAUUUUUGUGUGUCGGGUUGUUUGUUUCUUCGUGCUUUUCAUGUGCUUUUUCCCCUUUGCUUUUGACAUGUCAAACUGUAGAGAGAAGACAUACUGUAGGUCAGUCAACUGUACUGUGGGUUUUUGAGCUUUGGGAGGCUGGUUUCUGCAGUAAACCGGCCUCCCUAACCUUCGGAGUGGUUUGCUUUGUGGAGAAGGUGACAACAAGAUUUAUGAUGAGUGGCAGAUUAACCUACUCUACUAUCCCACUCCUCCGCCUUUUCUUGUCCCCAGUGUGCCGUAAACGUGAGGUUUCUGUUAAUCAGAUGUCUGUCUGAACCAAAAUCACAAUACUCUUACUCUCAAUCUUGCCCUUAAAGCCCUACCUCUACCCCUCUCCCCCCUCCAGUCAGCCUCUCAGAGUAGAUGUAGCAGUCCUGUCCACCUCCAGCAGGGAGCAGGAUCUCACAUUCAGCUCGUAGCAGUGUCUGUUUGACCUCAUCAUGCAGUAUUUGACACCACCACACAUAAGGUGCACUUAUAGACCAUCUCACCACCACCAGUAGAUGUCCCUUGAUGAGAGUAAAGUCACUGAAAUACUGGUAACAAUGUAGCACUGGUUUGACUGGGAAACAGACUUAGCUGGAGAAAGGAAAGUGUUGGGUCGAGGGUCGAGGACGUGUUGAGCUUUGAUGUUUGUCUCCUUGGCAUUGUUUGGAAAGUAGCAAAGACAGUCAGUCGCCAAUCACUGUGAUGAGAAACUGUAAUACUGACCCGCAACUGUGAGCCUGACCCCUCCCAAAGCGUGUCUCUCGUUUCACUCCUUUCUUUAGUGUUAUGUCUUUUCUUGUCAUCAUUUACUGUCUUAACUCUACAUCAGAAGAAGCAAUAACUGCUUACUAAAGGAAAGGAUUGUUUGUGUGCAUGUGUUUGAGUGACAGAGAGGAUUUUAGGAUCUCAGAUCAUGUUCUUCCAAAGCUCAGGCUUACAAUCUUUUAAUCACAGCUUUAUGCUACUCCUCACUCCAUGCACAAUGAUGUCAGUACAUUAGUAUUCUGCAUUUCAUCACUUUGCCUCAUUAUAAUAUACCUAAUAACACUGGGCAAAUAUUGGUAUGACCUCAUACCAGCCAUCCCAUCUGCAUAGUGCCCAGUGUCUGUUUUUGUUGACAGAAAUCCUAUGGAAUGUGUGUUUGUGUGUGAGUGUGUGUGUGAUUUUAUUAUCACACAUUCAGUCCUGGAUAUUGGGACGUUUCGAAGUUGUGAAAUAUUGCAGGACGUGAUAUUACAAAUGGUCAAAGAGCAAAAACUCUGAGAUUAUAACUCUAGUUCACAUAUAUUUUUUAAAAGUUGAUUUACCUCAAUACGCGUGCCAUCUCACAUGAUAUCUGUUGUCUACAUGCAUUUAUUUCAAAAAUUAUGUUAGACAUUGAAUGCUUUCUUAUGGAAAAAAUGUCCGUCACAAAAAUGUUGCAAUAACCACCAAUCAAGUGUUUGUUUUAGUACGGCUUCACAGCCAGAGAUGAUGAAUGUAAAGUCAUGGUAUAUUAUAAGUCUUGUUAUAAAGUAGUCAUCUUUGUGGCUGUGUACACUAGUAGAGGAUAGGGUAUUAACUCUGUUGUUUCAACUCAGUAACUGCUGUUCAUCAUCAACCUUCAUUGCAAACAUUCAUAGAAACCAUGGAAUAGAAGAGAUUUAAAGACAGAUGCCUAAAAUAGGUUUGGGAUAUUUUUACAAAUAUCCCUGCAACCUAUUUUAUUUUUAUUUUAUUGUGUUUUUAAAAAAAAUGUAGAUGUCAAAAGAGAUUACACAGUAGUGUAAUGAUAUAACCCCUUAUGCACGGUUUGCUCUUUAAGGGCUUAUAAUUAAGGUAUGCUUGGGUUGCUUUCUGAAGCAGGAGCCAUUUAUGGAGCUGCUGCUGAUGUCAGGGUUGGAGCUCGGGGAGGGGGGGUCUGAUGAAAACACACUAAGAUGGAGCACUUUGAAGUUCGAUGGAACUAUUGCGGGAAGGCUUUUAGUGGCUCCGACGGCUAGUCUUUCAAGAUGACAAGCAUUUUUCCUCAACACAACCUAACCCUAUCUAUUUCUGCCCCUUUUACCAAAUAUAAGACUGAGCCGAUUCUAAGGCUUCCACAUGGUGACAGAGUGAACACAGUUUGAAAGGAGGAGUCCAACUAAGUGCAACAGAGGAAGAGUGGUUACAUCACAAAAAUGAACAACGGAAAGCCCUGCACUGAGGGACAAAGGAGAUGAUGCCAUGCACCAAGUUCAUGCAAAAAUAUUAACUGUUGCAAAAACUAGAGAACACAUGUAUAUUCCUUUAGAAUGGAUUGAAGACAUUAUUAACGCAAUAGCAUAUUACUCAAUACUAAGGAAUGCAACUGCGCACAUGCACAGAAAAUGUUUUUAAAAUAAAAAGGCUAUAUAUAUAUAAAAAUAUAUGAAAAUAUAUAUAUAUAUAUUUACUUAGAAUGCUAUGCACCCUUACUUGUCAACUGGGAUUCUAGUUAUGUUAUGGAUGUACUUUUAUCAUCAUACAGCUGUAGCUACCAAGAGACUGUUGAGUUCUGGGUAAUGCCUGCAACCUGGGGAUAAAACAGGGGUCUUGUGGGUAUUUUAAACUUUUUUUGUUGCUUUUUUUUAUUGUUAUGGAGAGUCAAACAUGAAUUUAAAAUAUACAUGUAAAAGCCUUUUAAUCCAGUGAAAUCCGAGGACAUCUAUUGACAAUUAACUCUGUACACCAGCUCAACAUUUACAAAAAUUAAUAAAGAAAUGAAAUGUC